AUGGAUGAACAUGGCCGAGCAUUAAAAGAAACUGGAAGAUUUGAAGCCAUGGCAACUUUGGGAGCAUUUCACUGCAUUAAAAUCGCAAGCUUUGCUCAGAACGAAUUUUUUUUUGUGCUAUGGACGAAUAUUCAUCAUGGGGCACGAUUUGGCGCUGGAUGCAAUCGUUAUGUUAUUGAGCGUCAAUUGACGUAUGCAUUUGCUGAAAAGUGGAUGCUCAACAAGACGAAAGGUUUUAGCAAAGGAAGUUGCUCUUGUGGUAAUGGUCGUGAGAAGUGCUUUCUGUAUCAGCCUGCAGCUGGGACAUCAUCUGGUGAUGCAUCUCUAUGUCUGGAAGAUGCGACGAAGGGCUUCUUUUAUGAGGUUCAUCACUUUCAAUGCGUUGAAGAAAACAUAUCACUGGACAUUUUCGCUCAAUAG